AAGCAUUAUCGCGUCCUGUGUGCAUUAAGCAAUUGGAAAGCACCCAGUAUUUCUAUCCAGCACGAAAACAAGCACCGUGUUCCGCUGGCUUAACUUAUUGCACCAGUUCAGCAGUGCAGCAAUAGAAAAUAGACUCUUGAAGUCUUGAAGUGCAGUUCCAGUGUAGUUCCAGUGCGGAAGCCUUUAACCUACAAAUUUUUGUUUGAAUGUGGAAUCAAGUAACGUUGAAACGUGUUCGAACACGUUUGGACCUGAUUUUUUUUGGAAUUCGUGCUUCGAUGUCUUGAAUGAAAAGGCAAUAGAGAUAAGUCUGAGUCCAAGUAAAAUAAAAAGAAAAACAAGAUGUGGAAUCAACUAUAUGAAAUCGGAAAAAAAGAUCUAUAAAUAAAGAAUACUUAAUUAAAGAUAAAGGAAAAUUAAGCAAAAUUAACACGUUUAGAAAAUUAGAAAUAAUGUGUGAUAUAACCAUUUUAUUCCAUAGGAAAGGCUGAAGAUACAUCAACAAAAUUGCUAAAUAUUAAAAAAAAAUAUUCCUAUUUGCAGAUUUCGUAAGAAAUAGUGGUAUAACAUUGAUUUAAUUAGUUGUCUUUAAUUGCCUUAGAAGUUAGCAAAAUAAGAAAAAUAUAGUGUAAAUGUGGGUGAUAUUUUGCUUAAAUAUAUAAUUUUAUUUAAAAUAUACACAAAUGGAUCUACUGUAUACCGUUAACAGAAAGACUUCCUCCAAGUCUUUCUCUAAUCAAGAUUGUUUAUAUGAUGGACAGUCCUUAUGUUCCUUAUCAAGUCGAAACAUAGCAGUGUUUACUACAAUGACAGAGUUAGAUGACAAUAUUGGCAAAACACGAGGUUGUCAUGUUUAUGUAACAGACUUGAAUAUGCCAUGGCAUACUCAUAAAAUCUUUUCAAAUAAACACAGUAUUACUGCAUUAGAAUGGGAUCUACCUGGUGACAAAUUAGUAGUGGCUGAUGUAGUUGGAAAUGUACAGUUAUGGAUGUUGAAGGACCAUGUUUUGAAUGAUUGGAUCUUAAUAGGUUCCAAUUGCUUUCCUGGUGAACAUAUAUUAGGUGUAUCUUGGUUCCAUAAUGGCAAAAAGACAGGACUGGUAACAGAAAAAAAGGAUAGUUUCCAUUACAGUGAGAAAUUUAACCAUCUCCUAUUUGCACCUUCUGUGAGGCAAUUUGGUGGCAAAGCUGCUGAAGGUGUUCUGGUAGUAUCAACAACGGGUAUGGUCGGUGCGAUUAUAAUUACGAAGGAUUUACAAGUGCCAAUUUGCUACUCAACAGAAAGUCUUGGUAGUACAAGACAUAGGAUAACUGCAGUUGAUUUAUGUUAUGGAAAAAAUGGUCACUUCCUCGUUGCAGUUAGUAGUGGUAGUAUUUGCUUGCCGAUAAGAUGCUACAGGGUAUUAGUUCGCAGAAAUGACGACAAAUGUACUAUUACUUCACAAGCUCUGCCUAGUUUCUUUCUGCAAGAUGGAGCACCCAAAGAUAAUACAUGUACAAUUGUAACACAUCUAAAAUUCGUAGUCAGGGAAGAUGCAGAUUCUCUAGUUAUUGCAGCAAAUAGCGAAAAUGGCGGAUUUGUAGAGGUAUGGGAGUUACGUGAAAAGUCACAGCCUGUUCAUAAGCUCUUCCAACCAAAAAGCCUGGAACCUUUUAAAACGGUUGUUUGGCAGUAUCAAUCGCAGUAUCGCUGCCAAUCACCAGUCACGGCAAUAGCAACUACGAAACUGUCUAUAGUGACAACAUUACCACCUCCGAGUUAUGUGAUAAUAGCAUUGGCAGAUUCUUCAGUACAUUGUUUAAAUCGGUUAGAAUGUCUCAAAGAAGUGACGUUUUCAUCUUUAAAUAUGGGCUGGCGUCAGGACGAGCCUAACAGCAAAUAUUUUAAGAGCUCAGUAUCUAUCUCCCAUAUGGAUAUUUCGUGGUUAGGAUGCGUACUUCUUGCAUGUGAUACCCAUGGUAAUCUAUAUCUCUAUAAAUUAUUACCAGAUGGCACCACAGGUACAUCGAUGACAUUGAAUUACGCCUGUACAUUGUUAGAAUAUUGUUUGGUAACAGGAUUGGAUUGGCUAGAUAUACUUUUAUGUUUGAGAUCAUCCAUGAUUGAGACAUUGUGCGAACGAUUAGAUGUUUCUUUCAAUAGGCAAUCACAGCCUACACAACAGUAUCACUACGUUCAGUUUUUGUGUAUCAAGACGUCGUUAUAUAGAAUGCUUGUGUCGGGACAGAGUAAAGCAGGGGAUUUAUCGUCAUUAUUAAUGAUACAUUCAGUAGCUACAGCCUUCAAAUCUUUACUGAGACCAUCGGAUAUGAUAUCCCACGACAAAGGACCAGCGGAGAGCUUAGCUGCGGUGAUAACAGACGUCAUUACCGAUGUCGAUAAGGUAGUGCUGUUACAUCUUGAUCCAAAAGAAUUUACAGUGGAACCAAGCACGCUACAAUCAUUACAGCAACUUAUUCAAUGGGUUGCUGAUUUAGCUCUGAAUUUACUGGCGAGACUACCUGAACAAAGGAUGCAGAUAAAGACUGGUGGUUAUGAACUUCUUAAGGAUCAUAAAGCUCUGAACACUGUUCGUGAGCUGCUAGUCAUCAUACGCAUCUGGGGAUUGCUGCGUCCAUUAUGUCUUCCAGUAUUUCUUCGUAGCGCGGACAGUCUAGACGUUCUUGCUUUGCUAUUUCGCUUGUUGUCAAAACUGGUACAACCCAAUGGAGAUACACAGCAGCAAGCACAAGUGGAUGAUGGUUUAAUUGAUGAUUGUUGUUUACUACCAAAUCAAAUCAUGAUUCCACAAUUGCACCAGGGUAACAGUAUAACCGCUAUAGUUUCACCAGUUUUGUUUUAUCAGAAUCUUCCACUACAGCUGGAGUAUGGAGUGGAACCAGAACAAUUAUUUUUUACACCCGAAAUGAAUCCUGUUGAAGGUUGCAUGCAUAGUGGCCAAAUUGUAGAUACUAUUCGACACUUAUAUCUGGGGAAACAGCCACUUUUAGUAAAGCAAUGCACGAGAUGCGGUGGUAAAGCGCAAGUACAAAAUAUGACGAGAACAGCUGCAGUUAGAGCCUGGGACCAAAGAUGGACGCGAGCUUGUCGUUGCGGCGGUACUUGGCGAAUUCACAAAGCCUGUUAGUGAAUUUUUUUCGAUUAUUUGAAAAUUCAUAUUACAAAAUGUCAAAGUAUCAAUAACAAUAUGUAUCUAAAUUGAGUAUUCCGUCCGCCGUACAAAAUUCGAAAUUAUCCAGUCUAGAUUUUUGAAAUUAAUUUAUUUUGCUAUUUUUCUUACAAUACUUGAAAUAAUUAAAAGGAGACUUUAAUUACUA